GGCCGCCUGCCACCCCCGGAGCGCCGGGGCUCCGUCCUGCGGGCGCGGUGCGGCCCGGCGGCGGCUGCCCAUGGAGCCUCCGGCCCUCGCCGCCGUCCUGGCCUUGUCGGGGCUGGCGCUGAGCUGCUGCCGCGAGCCCGCGCUGUCCGAAUGUUACACUGCAAACGGGGCUGACUAUCGUGGCACUCAGAACCAGACUUCCCAAUAUGCAGGGAAACCUUGUCUUUUUUGGAAUGAGACCUUUGAGCAUCCUUAUAAUACUGUGAAAUAUCCCAAUGGGGAGGGAGGGCUUGGAGAGCAUAACUACUGCAGAAAUCCUGAUGGAGAUGUCAGCCCUUGGUGCUACAUUGCAGAACACGAGGAUGGAAUAUACUGGAAAUACUGUGAGAUUCCAUCCUGCCGAAUGCCAGGGAAUCUGGGGUGUUACAAGGACCAUGGAGAGCCACCACCUCUGACUGGCACCAGUGAGACCUCCAAUAAACUUACUAUCCAAACAUGCAUCAGUUCCUGCCGAAGCCAACAAUUUAAGUUUGCAGGCAUGGAAUCAGGUUAUGCUUGUUUCUGUGGAAAUAACCCUGACUACUGGAGAUAUGGGGAGGCAGCCAGUACGGAAUGCAACAGUGUUUGCUUUGGAGACCAUACUCAGCCUUGCGGUGGGGAUGGCAGAGUCAUUCUUUUUGACACCCUUAUUGGUGCCUGUGGAGGGAAUUACACUUCUGCUACAGCUGUGAUCUACUCCCCAGAUUUUCCUGACACGUACGGCACAGGCAAAGUCUGUUACUGGACCAUACAAGUUCCAGGGGCAUCUCGAAUCCACUUCAGCUUUGCCCUCUUUGAAAUCAAAGAUGCCACAGAUAUGGUGGAAUUGCUGGAUGGUUAUACCUAUCAUGUGCUGGCUCGUUUUAAUGGCAAGAACCGACCUCCCCACACCUUUAACAUCUCUUUGGAUUUUGUCAUUUUGUACUUUUUCUCAGAUGACAUCAAUCAAGCCCAGGGAUUUGCUAUCAGAUACAGAGCUGUGAAGGACAAUGUGCAUCAAAACAAGACUCCAGUGAAUCAUACCCUUUCCGAGAGGAUAAAUGAACAAGCAAAUCUCAGCAUCAAUGCAGCCCGGUCAUCAAAGAUCCUUUAUGUCAUCACAACCAGCCCAAGUCAUCCUACUAGCUCCAUGCCAGAGUGGACCAUCUACAGUCUCACAGCACUGCUCAUCCUCAGUGUUACAGCCAUAAUAGCGAAGAUAAUUCUCCACGUUACCGUGAGAUCCCAUCAGAUUCCAUCUGCAACUGAAACAGAAGAUUGCAGUGAUGUUACUACUGCUGGUGAGAUCUGGAGUAUAUUUUACCAGCCAUCCACAUCGAUAUCCAUCUUCAAGAAAAAGCUCCGGAAUCAACAGGAUGAUUGCAACCCACUCGUGGGAGACUAAAGUGUCUUUUGUUUUACAAGAAUUGAUCUUCUUAAAAUCCAGAGAGAGAUGAGCUAACACAGCUAAGUGGACAAUAAGCCAUAGGAAAAAGUUGUCUGCCCCAGAAGCUGGGGCAGUGAGUGCUUCUGCUGGCACUGUCACUGCAGCAAUCUGUGAGCCUGCGUGCCAGAGCCUACACUGUAUGUGGACCUCAGGUGGAAAGGGGCCAGCUGGACAAGUGCCUUCCCUAAUUCAAAAUCUAUGUUUAAAACUAGUUUAGUUUGUUGACUAAAUGAUUUUAUAUGUAUUUUUGUCUUAAUGUUGUUAUGUUGUGGGGAAAUAGAGACUGUGUUAUGUAAAAAUGUGUGAUAUGUUAUCAUAGUAAUAUAUAUAUUUAUAUAUGUAUAGGAAAUGCAUUAUUUAAUACAGCAUAUUAUGCUUGUAUCUUGCUAACAUUUUAUAGGAAGAAAAGAUGUUAGUUUACACUCUGGGAAAAAUAAAUUUUCUAUACACUGUAACCGUAGGAAAAAAAUCAAAGAUACUUUUUUGGUAUCUAUAACAGAAGGUCACUGAGAGCAGGGUAACUCAGACCCAGUUCUGUGGCCGAACAGAUGCUGAUGAAACAAUUGCUUUAAGAAGCACUUACCUCCUUUGAAUCUCAUUUCUAGCUUGUAUUUGUAUUAGGCUGUUCAUCACAUCCUGCAAACUCAUAUGCAUAUACUCACUCCCUGGACUGUUUUUUUCCUUCAAACAUUUAAUCUGCUUUUCCAAAGCAUUAACAUCGUCUUAUUUAGAACUUGUUUCUGCCAGAUUUUCUACAGCCAGUACAAUGCUGAGGGACUUUAUCCCACUGCUCAUGCAGACAGCCCAGUGGGACUGCAGUUAUGGUGUCUGUAUUCCAAGCCCCCCUGGCAGGAGAAUAAAUGGGAGAUUUUUACCGACAGCCUUGGAAAGCUGAACUGAACGUGCAGCCUGUAUGACUACAGACCAAACCCCUCAGCAGACACAUGGCUGCCACUGAAUGAGCAGGACUAGCUAUUCCACUUUCAUCUUCCGCUUAAUGAGCCUUCUCAGGCAGUGGGAAGGACUACUAACAGAUUUUUCUAAUGCACCGCUUUGCCUAAAGGAAGGGUGAACUACAAAAACAACUGACAAAUACUUGUCUAACUAGUUCUUAAUACCUUGCAUCAAUAUUUCACAAUCUUCCAAUGAAAUACAGUUCAGUGAUAGUUUCACCUGAAUAUUGUUCUAGGCAUUUAUGAACUCUGCUACCUUGAGAGUGAAAAAUAGAAUUCUCUUCUGACCACACUAUUUUUUCUGUAACACAUUCCUGAUACACAUAAAUUUCAUGCAGCUCAUACCUUCUCAAAUUUACUGAGCACCUGUGCUUUGGGAUGAAACUUGGCAUUCUGAAUUUCAGUCUCAAGACAACUUACUACAAAUGCAAAGGCAUGAACCACAUAAGGCUGUCAAGAAACCAGAAUAAAUCAAAUUUGAGAUAACUCACCACUGAGAUAUGUGCUGUGUUUAUAGCUGGUCACCCUGCAUUCAACAAAUGGCUGUAAAUAAUAGUUAUGGAAAAAUAAAUACAUUUGAGCAGAAGCAGUUCAGUUAGGAUGGCUAAAGUGUAUACAAGCAUGAAAUAAAGGAGGCAGAAACCGCUGCAGUUCACCAGCAGAUGACAACGGAGUUGUCCACUGUAGAGGUUAGAAGAGAAAAUUUAAACUGAAAAUGCUGAGAAUGAUUACCUAUAAAAAGUAUAAUAUUGCUCCGAGACACAAUUUCUGACGUAACAGCAAAUUGAAAGUUUUCAGUGUAUGUGUUUUCAAAGUGUUACAAAGAACUGUAACAAUUCUUUCAGUGCUUUCUUUAAGAAUUGCUUUAACUUGUAAUGCUGUUUCCACUUACUUGCGAGACUCAUCUUUAAUUAAUUCCUCCUGACCAAAAUAAUGCUACAGUUUAAGAAAUCUUCAGUGACCUUUUAUGUAAACACCAGAAUUACCAGUGUCAUAUACCCAAACUGUCUCCAGCUUUUCAUGUGAAGACUCAAACUCUCUUUUAGAAAUGCAACUGUCACCGGGGACUGGCCUCCCCUUACACAGGGAGCUUACUCUGCUCUCCUUUCUUGCCGUUCCAGUUAUGAGACUCCUUUUGCACUUUGGUUUAUUCUGGGAACUGUUGCCUUUUUUUCCUGUUGUUGUUUCCCAAGCAACAGUUUCAUUCCCCAUGAGAGAAAUGUGUUCUUGAUUCUGAAAGAAACACUUUUCUAUGGAGCAUUGAAGUCACAGGGGCACGGCGCUUUCACUGCAAGAUAAAAUAUCCAGUUUCAGGUAUGCUGUUGUCUCCCUGGCCAAAGAAUUAGGCCAGGCUGGCUCCACGGGGUAUGAACACAGCCAUCCUUUUAAGGGCAUUUUUCUCCCCACACUACCCGAGUAACAACAAACGUUACCUAACAGCUGUCACAGGAUUUGACAGAUGCACAUGAUAUUGCAGAUAGUGUUACAGAAACACCAAGUGUUACUAUAAUGUACAAUCCAUUAAGAAUAGUCUGCUCCUGUCUUUUUUUACUGU